AUGCGUGGAUGGUAUGCUACAAUCACCAUAAAACCAAGGGGUUAUAUGGAGAUAGAUAACACCGAGGAUGAAAUGCCUUAUCAAUCUGAUGAAAUUUCACCAGUUGUGCCAAUCACAGAACUUGAACAAAUAUGUGGUUUAGCCGAUGAAGGGUUAAUUGAUGAUGUUGAGCCAGUACUAGUGACAGAUGAUCCAAUGAUUCAAGAUGGAGAGAACAAUGAUGUAAAUUAG